AUGCUGGCCUUCGUUCCCAUCGCCCACCUUGUGGCGGCGGUUUUUGCCGUCAUCGAGCUCGGUUUGAUGGCCUAUGUCGUCUCCCCUUGGUCGUCAGCACCUAGCGUUGAGGCCUUCAUGCUCUUCAACGCGGUUUGGUCCUUACUUGUCCUUGCCUAUGUCGGCUUGACGCCUCUUUACGCCACCCGUAUCUUCCACCGCUUAGCCUCGCUGGCCCUCGAAUGGAUCACCAUGAUUUUCUGGUUUGCGGGCUCCAUCGCCCUGGCCGCAUAUUGGGGGGCCCCGAGCUGCCACGGAAACACCUACUGCGGGAGCAUCGAGGCCGCCAUUGCCUUCGGCUUCUUCCUCUGGCUCCUCUUCCUCUUCCUCGUUGUCGUCGACACCAUGGAGGCUCUUCGAUCUCGCGGCCAUGCCACUCACACUACAGCCCACGGACCUAAGCCAUAUGUUGGUGCAUAA